UACAGUGAAAGAAGAGGAGGCUGUUACUGUGAAAGAAGAGGAGGCUGUUACUGUGAAAGAAGAGGAGGCUGUUACUGUGAAAGAAGAGAAAGAAGCUUUCAGAGUGAAAGAGGAGGAUGUUACUGUUAAACAAGAGGAGGAAGAAGUUUUUGGAGUGAAGAUGGAGGGGCAGAUUACUGUCACGUUGAAAGAGGAAGAAGAGGAGGGGCAGAUUACUGUCACGUUGAAAGAGGAAGAAGAGGAGGGGCAGAUUACUGUCACGUUGAAAGAGGAGGAAGAGGAGGGGCAGAUUACUGUCACGUUGAAAGAGGAGGAAGAGGAGACGGGAGAUCUGAGUAACACCAGAAAGAGACCAGAUUCUCACUCCAGUAGGAAGAGAUUCUCCGAUAGCGGGAAGAGUCCUUCAGGGAAACCAGAACCAGAGACUCCCAAACCGGCAAGACGACACCACUGUUCCCAUUGUGGAAAGAGUUUUAUGAAGUUACGGAACCUUCAAGAGCACGAGAGGACACACACGGGAGAAAAGCCUUUCCAAUGUUCCCAGUGUGGAAAGAGUUUUACCGUGUUAGUUAACAUGAAAAGGCAUGAGAGAAUACACACUGGAGAGAAGCCAUUCCAAUGUUCCCAAUGUGGAAAGAGUUUUACCUUGUUAGUUAACAUGAAAAGGCAUGAGAGAAUACACACAGGAGAAAAGCCUUACCAAUGUUCUCAGUGUGGCAAGAGUUUCACCCAGUUAGGGAGCCUGAAAAUACAUAACAGAAUACACUCUGGAAAGAAGUCUUACCACUGCUCCCAAUGUGGGAAGAGUUUUAACCAGUUAAAGCACCUGAAAUCACAUGAAAGAACACAUUCAGGAGAGAAGCCUUUCCACUGUUCUCAAUGUGGAAAGACAUUUUCUCAGUCAGAGGACCUGAAAUCACAUGAGAGAAUAGAGAGGCUGUGUUCUGACUUGUGUUUCUGACUGGGAAUUUCUGUUUUUGUUUAUGCAACUUGAAGUCAUACUG